AUGGCGGACAAGCUAGACAUGGGGCAAAUCUCCAGCUUCGAUAAGGCCAAGCUGAAGAAAACCGAGAUGCAGGAGAACACCCUGCCAACCAAAGAGGCCGUUGAACAGGAAAAGAGAAGUAAAAUCUCCUAA